GUGGUACUCGUCAUUCAGCUAAGCAUCUCUUAGUUUUAACCAAAGAUGGGACUCUUUUCAGCAUGCAUCGUGGUGGUGACCUGUUUGGUUGCGGCCAGUCUAGGCAAGCCAUUAUCUAACAAGGAACGGCCUAUGAGGAAGUUUAAAUUCAACGGCGAAGUCGUGUACGUACCCGUUGAAAACAAGUUCGUCGACCCGUUCUCGUCCAGAGUACCCGGUGACGAACAGAACAACGACAUGAUCUUGAAUGAAGAACAGGAGGAAUAUAUUCGUCAGAUGACGGAUGGGCGGAGCAAGAGGAAGGCCCUCAGAGAUGUUGUGUACAGAUGGACAAGAUACAAUGGGGAUGACAAUGGGGACGCCAUUGUGCCAUACACAAUUGAUAGCCCAAGCGAAGAUAUACCAUUCAUAUACGCUGCAAUGGAGCAUUGGACUAGCAAGGCGUGUGUUCAAUUUGUACCAUAUUCCGAAUUAGCAGGUUCACUUAGUCAUAACCAAUAUCUUCGGUUCGUGCGAGAGGACGGGUGCUGGUCAUACGUUGGCAGGCAACCAACAGCCGCGGCAGAGAUGCUUCCACAGAAAGUAUCAAUCGGAACCGGUUGCACGGAGCUUGGAACCAUCGCCCAUGAGAUCGGACAUGCGAUGGGAUUCCAACAUGAACAGUCAAGACCCGAUCGCGAUGACUACGUCGAUGUCUUAUGGAGCAACAUCCAAACUUCACAGAAACACAACUUUGACAAGUAUACUCUCGACGAAGUUAUGAGUAGCGAUGUAGUGGAAUAUGAUGUCACGUCCGUCAUGCAUUACGGAUCCCAUGGAUUCGCCAUCGAUGACGCUGUGCCGACUUUGCUGACGAAACGACCUUUCGACAUGCAGUACAUCGGCCAAAGGUCGGAGCUCAGUUUCUACGAUGUCAAACUUGCGAAUUACAUAUACAACUGCAAUUCGAGAUGUCCUAGUCCACUUCUUAACUGCGCAAAUGGAGGCUUUGUGGACAAAACAUGCACGUGUCAAUGUCCCCCUGAUUGGACAGGAUCUCUCUGCACAGAGAGCUCUAAUGUCGAUAAAGUCGUGACCGAGAUCACAAGAACUGAGGCAUCGGGGGUGAUUACGUCCCCUAACUACGAAUCGGGACAGUACCUCAUUAACUCUUACUGCAUGAUUUAUAUUCAGGGCCAACCUGGAUCUACGAUAACACUGUGGUUUGAUGAUUUUGACUUGGAAAGUCAAAGCAACGGCAAAUGCUGGGACUACGUCCAGGUUAACACUGAUGACCUUCGAUACGGUGGUGUAAAGUAUUGUGGAAAUUCUGUACAAAGCCCGAUAACUGCGACGGAUGAUAUGAUGAUAUGGUUCUCCUCCGACGAAUCUUUUACUGGAAGAGGAUUCAAAGCUCACUUCACCAUUGAUAAACCACUUACAACCUCCGAAGCACUGGCCGUAACUACCGCAGCACCAACCGAAGCACCAGUUGUGACAACCAUUGCACCAACCGAAGCACCGGUCGUAACUACCGCGGCGCCAACCGAAGCACCGGUCGUAACUACCGCGGCGCCAACCGCAGCACCGGUCGUAACUACCGCGGUGCCAACCGCAGCACCGGUCGUAACUACCGCGGCACCAACCGCAGCACCGGUCGUAACUACUGCGGCACCGACACAAGCACCUGUUGUGACAACCACAACUGAAGCACCUAUGACUACAAUUCAAUCACCGAACUACCCGAAUCCUUACCCAUCGUUGAGGAGAAAUGUGUACAAUUUGGAAACCCAAGAAGGCCAGCGGAUAUAUGUAUUUAUCCACGAUAUGCAGAUUGAGUCAAGUUACAAUUGCCGCUACGACGUCUUAAUCAUCGAAAGUGGGUUUGACCCAAUACGACUUUGUGGAUCUGGAACUAAUUUAGGCCCCUACAUAUCCCGGUCCAACCGAAUGAAGUUGACCUUCGAGAGCGAUGAAUCCAUCCAGUUUAGGGGCUUCCAAUUAUCUUACAAAGCCAUAAUAUAGUCGGAAGGCCAACAACGCUACAGUCUCAUCGAAGAAACCGAUACCAAACCGAUCGACAUCUCUACUGGAAAUAACACAGUGUCCCACACUGUGGAACACAAUGUGAAAUCACCUUCACACUGUUAAAUUGAGCAUAUUCACGUAGUGGACCAUGAAAAAAAAUGUCAUCACGCUGUGUACAGUCACACUGUUGAGCUGUCCGCAGCGUGAAAAUAUUUCUUCACUGUUUAAUUUGAGCAUUUGAACAGUGUGAAUAAUAUUUUUUACAUAGUGGACUAUGUGAAUAUACUGUGAUCACACCGUGUUCUUACCAGCAUGGAUCGGUGGAUCGUAUUACCGAACACCUUAUAUUAAUUCAAUCAUAUCAAACGAAGUGAAAUUCAUCAAACUUAUUCCACCAUGAAUACCCCAAUACCUAUGAAAAAAAAUGUGAAAUUUUGUGCAGAUGUCGUUUUCAUUCUGUUAAGAUAUCAGUUUCCGAACGCACCCCUCUUCACAUGUGAAAUGUUUUGGUCGCUUGGAAAUGAUAUCGUAUUACCGAACGUGUAUUUCCUGUAGGAAAAUUCGGAAAAAUUCAUUAAAUCGCUGAUUAGGUAUUUCGACCACAUUUUGUUCUGCUUUCAAAUUAUGUUUUGGUCAUUUUUCAUCACCAUCCUAUUCAAAUUCCAUUUGGAAGGAUCUUGCAUAGUUUUAAGCGUAUUGAAAUUAUUUUCUGAUGCGUAAGUUUACGCGUUCUGUAAUAUAUAAUAGAAUCACUUACUGAUAAUAUAACGUUUGUCGGUGUGGGGUCGGUUUACCCGAUGCGUGGCUGUAGGGGGUACCAAGUUGAUCCUGAAUGAUCUACUCACCCCAAAAUAUCACUGACUUACAUGAAUUCUUCGUAAAAGACCGGUGAUUAGUUGACAAAGAAAUAUGAUAUUUUAUUGAGCAUAUAUAGGCCUAGUAUUAGUCUAAAUGAUGUAACAUGGAGGAAAGACGAAUAAGGACUCAGAGUUAAGUCUUCCAUAAAUACCCAAGCCGUCAGAAAUCAUGCUGCGAAUAAUUUUUGGUAGGAUUCUUUUAUCAGAUUCAUAUCCUUUUAUCAUCUAAUUUCUAAAAAUGUUUUAGUUAAAGAAAAUAAAUAUAAAUUUCUUAAAUGACAUGAAUUUUUUGCAUGGUGAAAAGAUGAUACUUGUAUCCUCAUGAAAAAUAUUUAUUAAUCUAAUCAUAAAACUCACAAUGGAAAAAAAUAAUCAAGGGUAAAGAGACGAUUUGAGGUUAUAACGUCACGUAUUCUCUCAAUACCUAUAUUGCCUGUCGUAAUGAUCUCUCGGCUUUCAUAUCCCAUGCACGAAAGUGGUGUUUUUCUUUUCUCAGAUUAGCCUAUUUCAAUCGAUCGUAUGUAUAAACUCUAUUCGUCAGGCCUCGCAGAGAGGGUGAAAUUUGUCGUAGCAGAACUUCUACCCCGCCCCCCCCAAAAAAAAAAAUCUAGUCCUGCUCUACCGUACGGUAUACAUUCAUCUCCCCCCUUAGUUCCAAAUUAAUAGAUCUAUAGAAGAAGUUUAAUGAAUUUAAAAUCAUCAGAAUAAUGAAAUAAUGAUCACCAUUAGUUGUAGAUGGAAUAAAUAGUUAAUAAAUGAAAUCGUUCCGAAUAGU